AUGCAUUUCAAUAGGUUUCUUCUAGCCCUGCCUUUGGCAGCUGGCUCGUUUGCGAACUCUUUUCAUGUUAGAGAUGAUGAAAAACCAGUGCAAGAUAUCAAUAUCAACAAGCAGUUCAUAAUUCAGGUUGAGCCGGGAACCAACUUGGAAGGCCUCAAGAAAGAAUUGUCCUCAAAUAACCAGGCCAAGAUCUUGAAGACCUUUGAUUCUGACGUUUUUACUGGUGUCACCAUCGAAUCUGAUGGCUACAACGUGGAUACUUUGAACAGAAUCGAUGUAGUCAAGCAGAGCUGGCCCGUGUCAAAGGUCGAGCUCCCUCCUUUGGAGGAUCUUGCUGAGCUGGUCCAAGUCAAUGAGGCGUCGAACUACUCGAUCCACUCUUGGACUGGUGUUGACAAGGCACACGAAGCGGGCAUUCUAGGUAAAGGUGUGAAAGUCGCUAUUGUUGAUACAGGCAUUGAGUAUACCCACGACGCUCUCGGCGGCGGCUUUGGCACCUCAUAUAAAGUUUCAGGAGGCUAUGACCUAGUUGGUGACGGAAAUUGGCCUAUUGGUGCCCUCGCCCCUGAUGACGACCCCAUGGACAAGCGAGGCCAUGGCACUCACGUUGCGGGUAUAGUAGCCGGGAAGACAGAUUGGUUCACCGGUGUGGCACCCGAGGCGGAACUACUCGCAUACAAAGUAUUUAGCACAGACAGCAACACUUAUGAUAACAUUCUCAUUGAAGCAUUUAUUAUGGCAUACGAAGCUGGCGUGAGUGUUUUUGAGAUCCCCCAUUGCUUGCCUCGGAGACUUACAAACAGACAGGCCGAUAUUAUCACUUGCAGCGUUGGCGCUGCAGGCGGUUGGUCCAAUGGUCCGUGGGCCACAGUUGCAUCUAACAUUGCUGAAAAGGGCGUCAUUGUGACGAUUGCGGCAUCGAAUUCUGGAUCUUACGGUCCAUUCUAUGCAAAUUCCGGCUCGUCUGGCAAGGAUGUCUUAGCUAUUGCCUCGGCAAAGGCGGGAACGCUCGCCGCUUCACCAUUUGAGCUCAGUUUGACCUUAGAUGGGAAGACAACAACUUCUCAGGUUGGAUACCGCUACAAUUAUAACCCUUGGAUGUUCAAGGGCAUGAAGGUAUAUCCCCUAUAUAACGACACCAAGAGGGAUAACCAGGCAUGUACGGCCAACGACAUCCCAGAGAAUACCCCUGACCUGUCCAACGUCAUUGUGUUGAUCAAACGAGGUAAUUGCGACUAUCUUGAGCAAGAAUUCAACUUGAUAUCACACAAUGUGACACAACUUAUGUUCUACAACAAUGGGAGCAGCCCUGAUGAUCCUAUCUCGUGGCUUUCCCGCUCCAAGGCGUUGGUGGAGAAAGAGGUCGGAGAGGCAAUUGUUGAAACAAUCAAUAACGGUGGAGAAGCAACGGUUGACUUCCAGAAGUAUGCAGAUGCCAAAUGGUAUAUGGGAAUGUAUAACGGGGUCGGAAAUCGACCUAGUUACUUCACUUCAUGGGGCGGCUUGUUCGAUAUGGAUCUUAAGCCAGAUGUCGCUGCUCCUGGCGGAGAGAUUCUGAGUUCUUGGCUUGGUAACACCUGGCGUAUUGCGAGCGGUACAUCCAUGGCCACUCCAUAUGCAGCUGGAGUUGCGGCAUUGUAUUUGAGCAAAUUCGGUGGCCGUGAUACCCAGGGAGCAGGAGUGUCGAAGGAGUUCAACAACAAGGUAAUCACCGGGGGCUCUUCAAUGCCCUGGUCGAUUGUUGACAAGACCUAUCCAGACGAUACCGGUUUCUGGGCUCCCACCAUCCAAGCAGGAAGUGGAUUGUUGAACGCAUGGAAGGUUCUGACCUACACAACCACACUAGGAUCCUCAAAGUGGCUUCUCAACGACACGGAACACUUCACUGGGACGCACAGUGUAGAAAUCACGAACAAUGCAGAUACUGAGGUUGAAUAUGAAUUCAACUUGCAACCUGCAGCAGGUGUCCAAGCCGCACCUUCAAGUGGUGUUGGAGUGGCACUGCUCAAUCAGAUCAAACCUGUCGAGAUGGUUCCCAGCGUUAAAAUGCCCUCGGGUACUUUCAAACUGGGAGCUGGAGAGACGAAGACAGCCGAAUUCGCUUUCGACUAUCCACGGGGACUAGACGAGAGCAAGCAACCUCUAUACAGUGGCAAGGUCCUGAUCAGUUCCUCAUUGGGCGAGCAGCUUUCAGUCCCUUAUUUUGGGGCCGCUUAUAGUCUAAGGGAGGCUUACAAGGAUAUCUUCAUUGAGGGAACUCCUUAUAUUCGCUCACCUACUUAUGAUAUUACGCAAAAGUCUAAUUUUACAUUCGAUGUGAGAUUGGAUGGUUCUACCAAGCAAGAUUAUCCAAAAGCUUACGCUUCCUUUGCGUUUGGAUGCGACGAGCUUCGCUGGGAUAUUUAUGAGUCCAGUUGGAAAGAGUCGAGCUGGACCUAUCCUCCUGUCGUUGGGGAGGGCGGCUACCUCGGUGCUGCAACCUCUUUCCGUGAUUCCGGAAUCAAAACGUAUUUUGAUCCGACGGAGGACGAUAAAGAAAACACAGUUCCGUUCCCGAUUAGAGCCACCCCACGCAACAUUAUAUCAGUUCCAGUCGCUGGCUAUGAUCAAUAUCGAUUCUUCUGGCUAGGGAAGCUGGCAAAUGGUUCAUACAUCAAUCCUGGCAAAUACGCUAUGAGGUUCGCCGCGCUGAGGCCUUUGGGCGACAGGACGUUGUCGGCUGACUGGGACAUUUGGGACACACCGGAGAUUACAGUUCUGCCAUUGUCCGAUUAG